UUUAGUUUUUGAGUCGAGUGAUGAAAAUAUCUUAGUUCUAACAGAAAUACACAAAGAAUACAGCUCUUUAGUAAGUGCAGUUAACUCCUUUAAGAUACAGUAAUUUACUUCUUGAGUUCUAUAAUUGACAUUCAUUUGUGCAAUGCAAUUGUAACUAAGGAACAUGCAUGUGUGUUUGUGGUUUCUUUUGCCCAGGUGGAAGAGUUAUUGACAAGUUACUUAAAAGAUGUCGGAAUUACUGAAGAACAAUUUGUCAUGGCAUGUGAAGCGGGUUCAACGUGUAAUGAUCAGACAAAAGUUGCCGACAGAGUGAGUAAAAUAUCCAAUCAGUGGGUUAUUGGUUAGCUGGUCAGUCAGAAACACAUUCAAUUAGCCAGAUCAUGGUCAAUCAUUAACCUAUGAAUGCACAAACCAGACUCUUCCCUUGAUGAGUAAAAUCGUCUGGCAUUGGACAGAGUUAGACUGUGAGCGGUCCCUCCAGUUUCUGCGGAUUUAGGACUGGGCAUGCGAAAGAAAAGGAGGGACUGCCGACAACACAUUAAAAAAACAAAAUACAGGUUGCCCACACAAUGCAAAAUUCCCAUUGGUCAAAAUCAAUAUGCCUGUCAAUCAAAUCUGAUACAUAGUAAUUAUGCCAUAAAUAAUUUCCAGACUGAAUGUCGAUUUUAUAAAUAAACAUGACAUUGACGGUUCCUGUUGGAUAUAUUUAAUUGGAUAGAAGCAAUGUUUAUGCAAAGGCAGAGCCAAAUUGACAAGAGCAAAAAGUGGGCGUAUUUUGUUUCUUGAUAUGUUGUUGGUGAUCCCUCCUUUCCCCCCGAGGGACUGUUUGCGGUCUAGGACAGAGUAAAAUAAUAAAGUAGGGCGCAUCAGGGCAUUUUGAAAUACUUAUGUCUUAACAGGAUGCAUGGGCAGAUAGUAGCUUAUUAACCCAUUGAGCGGCAGCACUCUCCCCUUGACAAGUAAAAUCAUCUGCUAGCACUCAAUUAUCUGCCUGUCUAUCAGACGUAACGACUGCAAUAUUCAAUAAUCACACAAUAUAAGACUGUGAAUUCAUUUAAUCAUUUGUAAUAUUUCUAUCAUUAUUAGUCAAUAUUUGAACAAGUUUGGGCAGGGGAGGAUUUUGAGUUAUUCAAAAGCAUAAUGAUUAAAAAGAAUCUGGAUCUUGAACUUCAAGCGCUACAUAUGAUUCAACAACGAAAUGGUGUUGUACCCAAGGUUUUUGAAUCAGGUAAACUAGGGUUAAAUGAUUUAGUUCUAAACUGUCCUCUAGAGCAAUCAUUUAAUAGCCUACAGUACUACGUACAGGAGGGAGUCAGAAACUAUAAGUAUUUUUUUUUAUUAUUAUAAGCUUUAUUUCGCAUGACCUAUUUACAGGUAUUGCAGCAUUUAUCUAAAGUAUCUAUAAUAAUGGUCAGAAAUAUAAGUAUAACAGUACUGUUGAUAUUUUGACUGGAGAGCUUUAUCAGUUCUGUAUUCCCUAGGUAGAACUCCAGUAAGGACCAUCUUUUAUUAGUUGGUGUUUGGUAGAGUCAAACUGGAAGUAUUCUUUUCACAAGACACAAACGACUGAAGUAAAAUAAUAAUCAGACAAGCAAAUAUUGCAGUAAUCGAACGCCAUUCACUAAGACCCCCUUUAGGCUUUACACUAGAGCAAAAGUUUUCAUCACGAAACCGGAACGUUUUAGAUUCAUGUUGCCGUUUACACACGCAGCGACGAAUCCGAUAAGUAAAUCUUCUCGGUUUUGUGCCUUGUCCUGAAACUUUGAAUCCGGAAAAGUUUGUGGGAACUUCGUAUCCGGAAACAUUUGAAUCCAGAGAAAACUCUCGUGUAACCGGCUUCCGUAAAGAAUCUGAAUCAAUUUGUUCCGGUGUAUGUUUUUCCGGCAAAUUUAUUGCUAUUAAAUUCAACCGCCAAAGAGGGUAAAAACAUCGCAUAAUAUCACCGAGAGGGUUAAAAUUAUUUACUUUAUAUUGACCAUCGCUGUGUGGUGUAAACGCCUCACGGAUCCGUAUUCUUGAAAAACAAGGAAUCCGGAUACUUUUACAAAUACGGAAACUUUUGUUCUUGUGUAAACGUAGUCUAAAGCACACACUAACUACUCUACAACCAACAUCCCAAAAUUAUUUUCUAAUCAGAAGUCGUUCAAUCAAACACCAAAACUCCGAAAUCUGGCCAUCAAAAUGACGAAGAGAAAUUAUUAAAAGAAGUGAUCAAGUUGUCUGAAGAGGAAUAUAGGAAAGAAAAGGACAGGAAGAAAGAGAUCGAAAGAAUGGAAAAGACCCUCGCGUUGUCUUCGAAGGAAGAGAGUGAAAGGUGGCUAGCAUUUUGUCAUGUACACCAUAUAGCUCCUUCAUAUUUAGAUUUUAUUUUACAGAAUUUAUCCAUCUCUUUUAUGUUCUACCAGUCCUCUGAUCCCCUUUAUCUUCGGCUAUAUAUUGUCUCUGAUCAGUUCUCUUUCAUCUCUUCUUAUUACAUGUCCAUACUGUCUCAACCUUGCGUCCCUCACCUUCUCUGCAAUGUCUACCACCUCACAUCUUCUGAUCUCUUCAUUCCAUAAUGUCUCUGACCAGCUCUCCUUCAUCUCUUCUUAUUACGUGUCCAUACCAUCUCAACCUUGCUUCCCUCACCUUCUCUGCAAUGUCUACCACUCCACAUCUUCUGAUCUCUUCAUUCC